AUGCGUUACUCCAUCGGAACUGCGGCCCUGCUGUGUCUCGUGGCCAACAUCAGCCCCGGCCUGACUUCUAAGCUUCGUGUCCGACAAGAAGUGGUGACUGUAACGCACACAGUCACCAGUUCCCCCUCAGAGCCAACACCUUACCGCUGGGCCGCCGGCGCAACUGAGAACUACCCCAUCCACAGCUCCUGCAACGCCACCGAGCGCGCGCUUCUCACCCGAGGCCUCGACGACGCCAUCAAGCUCGCGGAACACGCCAAGCAGCACGUGCUCCGCUUCGGCAACAGCUCAGACUUCUACGUCAAGUACUUCGGCACGGCGCCCUCGGCAGAGGUUAUCGGAUGGUACGAUAAGAUCGUGAGCGCGGACCGCGGCGGGAUCUGGUUCCGCUGCGACGACGUUGAUGGAAAUUGUCACCAGGAUGGCUGGGGCGGCCACUGGCGCGGCUCGAACGCGACCCAAGAAACCGUCAUCUGCCCGAUCUCCUACACGACGCGGAUGCCGCUUGAGGGGCUCUGCGGGUACGGGUACUCGGUCGCCGCCGGCAAGCUGAACCUGUACUUCGGCUCGGACCUCGUGCACCGCCUGUACCACCUGCCGUCCAUCGGCGAGGGCGCCGUCGAGCACUACGCCGACACCUACGCCGAGUGUCUUGAGCUGGCGGUGCAUGACCCGGCGCGGGCGGUGAGGAACUCGCACACCCUGCAGUACUUUGCGCUGGAUGUGUAUGCGUAUGAUGUUGCGAUUCCGGGCGAGGGGUGUACGGGGAAGGCGCCGGCGGAGGAGGACUCAGCGUCUUCGGAGACGCCGUCGUCAACGACGUCUGCUGAUGCGGGGGCUUCGGCUACUGCUACUACCACGGCAGCUGCGGAAUGUCAUACUCACGCUGAUGGGACCGAGCAUUGCUCGUAG